CUUUCCUCCGUCCUCGUUUACUGUCAACUACUUUCGGCGAAAUGACACUUGAAGAUGAUUCACUCGUCUUUGUGGAUGGCCUGACUUAUCAUCAUAACAACUCCACUGUACCAUCACUCAAGGACAUUUCCAUACACCUCCCGCCAGGCUCAAGGACUAUCCUCGUUGGUGCCAAUGGCGCUGGUAAAUCUACACUUCUACAGAUCCUAGCUGGGAAGAAGCUUGUGACGGCCAACGGGGCCAAGGUGUUCAUUAAAGAGCGGGAUGUGUUUAGGAACACCCCACCAGGUGUUACCCAUCUUGGAACAGAGUGGGCAAUGAAUCCUGUUGUUCGCGGCGAUAUCUUGGUCUCAGAUUUCCUGGAUAGUGUCGGUGGAUACAGACAUAAGGAACGAAGGGAUCAUCUGCUCGACAUCCUCGAUGUGGAUUUGGAUUGGCGCAUGCACCAGAUAUCCGAUGGUGAGAGAAGGAGAGUACAAUUGUGUAUGGGCCUUAUGUCGCCGUGGGAUGUGCUCCUGCUCGACGAAGUCACUGUCGACCUGGAUGUGCAAGUCAGGGAUGAUCUUCUCACAUUUCUUAGAGAAGAUAGUGAGGCGCGGGGUUCGACGAUCCUUUAUGCGACCCACAUCUUCGAUGGACUAUCCUCCUUCCCAACUCACGUCGCUCACAUGCGCUUUGGAUCAUUCGUCACGAACCCGACUCCUUGGCCUCUUGUUCCUGUCGGGGGCACGUCUGCAAUCCAUGACAGUCAGUCAUUGUAUCUGGUCGCCCUCCAGUGGUUGAGGGAAGAUCGUAAGGAGAGAGCAGAGCUCGAGAAGUCUGGACGAAAGGUUAGAGGCGCAAGACGUGAUCAGGCUCUCCCGUCCGAUUCAGAGACCUUCUACAAGAAAUACGAUUAUAGCCAUUGAGUGUAAAGAAUCUCAGCGCCAUGUUGAACGUAACAUCUCACACGAUAAGUUCAACAUCUACGCCCCUCUAUCUCUCAUUCUGUUUCCUCUUCUUCUUUUACGGCUGCAUCACAGUUUCUUGACAAAUCCUGGGCUUGCUAUCACUCGUUGGGUUCAACCUCCAUCAUACCUAUUCCUCUCAUUCUCUGCACACUCCAAUGGAACUUCUCCCAGGGUUCAACAUCUCUGUAGCUAUAUGUGUACACUAGAUCUGUGUUUUCAACACCUCGACGGCUCGUCGUUAUAGUUCCUAUCACCGC